AACUAUUUAAAAAUAAAACUACUUUGUUGACCUAAGCAAUUAAAGACUAAACGAAUUAAUGAAUUAAUUAACUAAUUAAAAGCUUCAUUUCAGGAUUCUUUUUUUUUUUAGCGUAUGGAAAUUUUUGUAAAAAAUUUACCGGAAAACAGAAUCAAGCACAUUUUCAGCAGAAAAGAUGUCUCCCCCAUUGCUUGUGUCUAUGCUGUGGUCUCUCUUCUUGUUGCUGCCACUAGUCCUGCUCUCCACGCUGUGCAGUUACUGCAGACAACAACGACGGAUUCAGCAGUCAGUGGAAGAUUAUGAAAUCAAACCCCAGAACUACAAUAACCCUGGUGGAGGAUUUACUGUGAUCCGACCAAACUAUGCCCCUCCCGGGAUCCUCCCAGUUCGCUCAGUCACGUCUCCCACUCACUUCCUGUCCAUUCCAUCCCCCCAUCCAGCAGAGAGCCGUCGGAGUUCCUUCGCAAAAACAGAUGAUGACGAAAGUGCGCCGAGCUACGAAAAUCAAGAUCAAAACCUGGACAGCGAUUACGUCAACGAAGACAAUGAGGAGCAGGAAAGACCAGGAGAGGGAUACAUUGUCGUACUGCCAGACCCCCCGGCCCCACCCACAUCCACAGAGCCACACCCACAGACAGACGGCCCCACAUCCAACCGGAGCUCAGUUACAGAAGAAUACGUCAAUGUGCCCGAUGACUCAAGUGAUAGAAUUGAUUCUAAUAGUGGAGACUACGUCAAUCUGAAUGAAGAAGACAUUUCCAGUAUCUCACAUGUGCUCCAGGUCGACUAUCACAAUGACAGCGAGGACGAUGGACCAGACUAUGUGAAUGCACCAGAGAGAGCUUAGCAACAGACUUUGAACCUGAGAUACCAGCAGCUGCUCAAAUGGAUGAAAGUCCAGAUAAACUGCUGGAAACAACUGAACAAAUUAUGUGCACAAAUAUAAUGAGAGGAGAGAGGGAAGAGAGAGAG